ACUAAUAGAUUCCUUAAGAAAACUGAUCGAAAUGGAUAUCCUGUUGCUUCUGUGUUUCUUGCUUGUUCUUGUACCAAAUACCAAAGCAGAUAAUCAUCAUGUUCGUCAGCACUGCCCGAAAUCAAGGUGUAGCCAUGAUGGUCCCCUGAUCCAGUUUCCCUUCCGUCUAAAAGGUGAUCCCCCCCACUGUGGAAAUCCAGAGUUUGAGGUUUCUUGCAGCAGAAGCAACAACACCAAUUUGACAAUGAUUCAGCUCUCCUCAUCUUCAGGGCUGUUUCCCAUCCAAAAAAUCGAUUACAAUAAUAGAUAUUUUGAUGUCUACGAUAGUGAUGGUUGCAUGGCGAGUCGCCUCCUUAAUCUUACAAUUUUUACUACAUCCAGCUUGCUCUUUUAUCCAGUACCUUAUCACUGGAGCAGUGAGCAUUAUAACAGUUGCACUGAAAAUUUCGGUCCCGAGCAAUCUCCCUUUCCAUAUUCCGAGCAGUCUCCCUACUCAGAUUACGCCCAAUCUCCCUAUUCAGAUUAUGCCCAAUCUCCCUAUCCAGAUUCUGCACAACCUCCCUAUCCAGAUUCCGCUCAGUUUUUUAAAGAAUUUGUAUUAUUAAAUUGUUCCACCACUAAAAAUGUUAGCAGAAGGAGAAACUACUACAUGCCCGUCAGAUGUCUCAGUGUCCCAGGGCACCAUCAAGUUCUUGCUGUUGAACCCUCAAUUUCUAUAGAUGACUUGCCGUUUCCGGUGUCAACUUGCACUACUUUGAAAAAAAAAUUCUAUCUUCCACUGAGAAGUGUAGAUGACGGUGGUAACUACGACUGUGCACCGGACAACGUUUUAUUACUCGAGUGGAAACCAUGGGUUUAUUUCCCAGAAUGUCACAACUGCAGAGAAGUGUGCGAAAUGGAUUACAGGAGCAAUCGAAUGGAGUGCUAUCCUUAUCGGGAUCUAUAUCCCUAUUAUGAUAUGCUGCAGGGUCAUGCCUCAACAACUAGGUCAAUUAUCAUAGCAGCCAGUUUUAUUCUCAUAUCAGCAAUGGUGGCAAUAGCCAUCUGGUAUUAUGUGAAGAAAUCAGACAGGAUAGAGGAAAAGGAAAAUCAAAUCAAGAUUGAAAAGUUCCUAGUUGAUCACAAAUCCCAUGUACCAACAAGAUACUCUUAUGCUGAUAUAAAGAAGAUGACAAAUGGAUUCAGAAAGAAGUUGGGUGAAGGAGGUUUUGGAAGUGUUUUCAGUGGAAAGCUUCCAAGUAAUGGAGUUCCGGUAGCCAUAAAAGUCCUCAAGGGUUCUAAAGGAAAUGGAGAUGAUUUUGUUAAUGAAGUGGGAACCAUUGGUAGGAUUCACCACAUAAACGUGGUUCGUCUUCUUGGGUUUUCAGCUGAAGGAGGCAAGCGUGCUCUUAUUUAUGAAGACAUGCCAAACAGCUCUCUGGAGAAGUUUAUCACAUCUAAAGAUCGAUCUAGUCAUAACACUGCUUCAUUUGAUUGGAUGAAACUUCGCAACAUCAUCACAGGUAUAGCAAAGGGAAUCGAGUAUCUACACCAAGGGUGCGACCAAAGGAUCCUCCACUUUGAUAUCAAGCCUCAUAAUAUCUUGCUAGACCAUGACUUUAAUCCCAAGAUCUCUGAUUUUGGUCUGGCCAAACUCUGUUCCAAGGAAGACAGUCUUAUAUCUAUGACUGCUGCUAGAGGCACCAUAGGCUACAUAGCACCUGAAGUGUUUAAUGGAAACUUUGGUACCGUCUCCUACAAGUCAGAUGUGUAUAGUUUUGGGAUGCUAGUGCUUGAAGUUAUUGGAGCUAGGAAGGAAUCCGCUGUUGCAUCAGCCAACAGUGAGGUGUAUUUUCCUGAAUUGACUUAUAAGAGUCUCGUUCAAGGAGAAGAGUUGGAUUUGGAGCUAGGCGACGACGGAGAUGCUCAAAUUGCCAAGAGACUAGCAAUUGUUGCACUUUGGUGCAUCCAGUGGUACCCGGUGAAUCGCCCUUCCAUGAAAGCAGUUGUUAGAAUGCUAGAAGGACCCUCUGAAAGCUUCAUCAUGCCACCCAAUCCGUUUGCUUCAACAACUCACACGGAACCAACUGCAACAGCAUCGAGUUGACUAGCCAGAAUAUAAAGCAAGUGGUUUCACGAAUGCUCUUCUAAUACAUGUCUGCUAAAGGUGUACUGGUAAUCAUUUUGAUCACCAGAUGAUCCACUGAAACUAGUGUAUUAAUUAAAUAUUUCUCAGAAUAUUUUGGAUUUUUGGGGCAGAUAGUUUCAAUAUCUCCCUGGCAAUUAUAAUUUGAUCACUUUAACAAAUAGUCAAAUUUGCCUUCUUUGCAUGUGGUAUAUAAACACUGGUCAUCACCAAGUUCUGGCCUUCCCAUCCUCAACUACCAUACAUGACUUGCCGUUGCCGGUCUCAGCUUGCAGCACUUUGGUUACACAUUUCUAUCUUCUGGUACAAAGAGUUUCUGGUACCAGUUACCAAUGUGAACUGGACAAUGUAUUAUUGCUAGAA